ACUUGGCAUGGAGGAUGUUUGCGUUAAGUGAAAUAGCGUCUCAUCCAGCCAGCUGAACGUUGGAGACAGCAAAGGAAGAAGCCAUUUGAAACGAGAAAACUGGUCCUUUCGACACACGGUUAGCUGAGCCGGGACCAGGAUGAUGGUUUUGUAUUCAUCGCAAAGCUAGUCUACAAAUAACUGAUAGCAGGAGAAAUCAAAGCCCAGCUCCAAGAACCACAAAAGCGGAAGAAAUCUCAAGACACGGUUGCCGUGAGGUAGAGAUUGGAGUCAGUCAGCAUUCACGAUGGGAGCGGAGCAAAGUGGCGAUUCGGAGCAUAAGCACUCCGACUACAGCACGACAGUGGUUCCGUCCCCAGCUAAGCAGAAAGCCAAAAUGGACGAUAUCGUCGUGGUAGCCCAAGGAACGCAGUCCUUGCGGAACAUCCAUAAUGACCCUGAUGUCAUCAAGCUGCAGGAGAUUCCAACAUUCCAGCCACUACUGAAGGGUGUCCUGAGCGGACAGACAUCCCCCAGCAGCGGUCGCCUGGAGAAGCUGGACUCAGUGCAGAUGCUGCAGCUUUGUCUGCGUUACCAGGAUCACCUGCACCAGUGCGCCGAGGCCGUGGCCUUCGACCAGAACGCCCUGGUCAAAAGGAUCAAAGAGAUGGACCUGUCCGUGGAGACCCUGUUCAGCAUCAUGCAGGAGCGGCAGAAGCGCUUCGCCAAGUACGCCGAGCAGAUCCAGAAGGUCAACGAGAUGUCCAUGAUCCUGCGUCGCAUCCAGAUGGGCAUCGAUCAGACCGUGCCCCUGAUGGACAGGCUGAACAACCUGCUGCCCGAGAGCGAGAGGCUGGAGCCCUUCACCAUGAAGCCUGAGAACGAGGCCAAGUAGGCCCGGUCGGACGCCAGCUUCACCCCCUUUGCUGGCGGCCCCGCCCCUUCACUCAGGAAGCACCGCCCAUCACCAACCCAGGUCAUGCAACCCACCAUUAUAGCCCUGCUCAUCUCACAAAAGGGGGUGGAGUCUCAUGUGUGGGUGGGGUGUUGUUUGAUCCUAUCCCCUGUGGGACAGAUCUGUCAGCCCUGAACUUGGGAGAAAUUCUGUACUGGUAAAUCACCUGAAAUGCUGAGUGGAUGUCAUGAGCUAUUUGCAUAUUUAUGUUUUUUGGUGGCAGUUUAGAGCUUGGUGAAAGGGGAGGAGCUAAGACUGGGGUUUCAUCAUUAGUGAUGCUUGUCAGAGGGGAAAUGGCCUCAGAGAAGCAAGUUUGCCAAGCAGAGGAACAGAAAUGCAUGCAGGGAAUUUUAUUUUUAAUCAUUUCAUGUAUUUCUGAGGUUUGUUGAAGUAGCAUUGCCCUUUGCUUGGACAGGUCCAGUGAACUGUACUAAACUCUAGGAAGCUUUUUUUUAACUUGCUUGGCAGUUAAUUUUGUUAAAGAAUUGUGAGCACAGGAUGUGAGUGCUUCAAGAUCAGUCAGAACAGCUAAGUACCUGAAUAUGGUGGUCCUGAACUUCACCACUCUGUUGUUCUUGAGACAUUGGAGUGCUGAAUUGGAAUUACACCCAUUACUUUUUUUUGCACUGUUGUACUAUAAGAAAUGUCAAACCCACAAUUGUUUACAGCUCUUUAAAUUAAGGAAAUCACACCAGUACUGGUACUACGAGUCUGUUCUUUCACUGGCUGUCACCUUAAUAAGUAAUAAGGCAGCUGUAAACAUUUUAAUUUAUUUAUAUAUUAAGAGAUGUACAGUGCUCCCGUUUUAUGAGUAGCACGUUGCAUUUGGAAAAACGAGAACAUAUCAAGUUUCUGUCACCAUUUGCUAUACGGAUUGACAGCACGCUGUCUGUGGUUCAGCUGGAGUGCCUUGUUCUCUGCAUCUCGGCAUCAUCGUGCGUAUAUCGCUUAAGGCCAGGAAAAAAUGUGACGUUGACCGUUGCUGCCCUUGGGACCUUUGGAAUGGCAUUCUAUAUAUGUUGAGUAUAACUUUCGAUAGCGUAGUUGACCCUGUCUGUUCCAAGAUAAUUGACACAGUUCACAUCCCUGGGAUUGUCUGCUGUUGUGUGCAGUAAGUUUUGUGAGAAGAUACAAAUAUUUGUCACAGACAUCUACAGUUAAACAAAUGACAAACCGCUGGGUUUCUGUACUGAAAAUGCAUUUGAGUAUGGGUAUCAGUCCCAACAGAAUAUACCAAAUAAAGGAUACAGUUCUGA